GUAACGUGCCCAGACUCAGACAAACUGACUUUAGACCUGAAGACACAAUCAUACACAUCAACCACCAAAGCAAGAAGCAGAGAAGAAAAGACGAAAGAUCAAAAGAAAUCGACUGAACAGACUCGGGUUAGAAAGGUCAUCAAAGGAACGUCGAAGAAGUGAGCGGCUCUUAGGUGCACGGGAAGGACCAGAUUAGUGCUGGUGAUAAAGAGGUAGACAUCAGUCAUCAACAGUAACACGGUCAAAGAAACAACAUGUGGUUUUUGGCAAUAUUGUGCGUUUCCUCCCUGAUGAUGGGCACCAAGGCUCAAAGCAGUGCUAGUUUUUACCGUGGAAAUGACCGUAGUGGCCGUUGUCAGUACAGUUUCACGGUGGACAGUCCCUCUGAAGCCAGCUGUCCAUCAGUGGGUUCGACCCCUGAGGUGGAGUCCUUAAAGUCUCGUCUGGGGAUCCUGGAGACGCUGGUCAACCGCCUGGUCGGAGGGGAUGAAUCGGAAAGAUCUGGAUCUCAGUCAGGCCUCCGGGAUGCAUACACCCAGGCAAUGCAAGAGAACGCUCUGCUUCAGAGAGACAAGCAAAGACUGAACACACAGAUCCAGGAUCUACAGAAGCAGGUGGAAGAGCUCCGUCAGGAGGCGGAGAGGCUGAGAAACAAACCCUGCACGCCUUCUCCCAGAGUGCCCAUGAAUAACAACAUGCGCAGACUGGGAUCAGGACUUGCACCCACCCACCUUGCAUCCAGACCAGGGAAUACACAAGGUGACAGUUUGCCAGAUCCUGCUUGGCGUUUGGAAAAUCCGAGCUAUCAGGAGCUGACAGCCGUGGUGACUGAAGUUUCUGCGCCGAAUCUGGAAGGUCCAGUGGACAUCAAAGGUUGUGGUGACCUUGUGUGGGUAGGCGAACCUGAGACGCAUCGCAAGGCUGAUACUAUUGCUGGAAAGUAUGGUGUCUGGAUGCAAGACCCAAAAGCCAAGGACCCUUACGAUUCUGAGAUGGUAUGGCGCAUCGACGCAGUGGGCUCUGAAGUCCGUCAACUCUUCGGGUAUGAAAACAUGGACCAGCUGGCACGUGGCUUCCCCACUAAGGUCCUCCUCCUGCCAGAAGCUGUGGAGAGCACGGGUGCCACCAUGUACGAAGGGUCCUUGUAUUACCAACGUAGACUCAGCCGCACACUCCUAAGGUACGAUCUACACUCCGAGAGCAUUGCAGCACGUCGUGAUCUUCCCCACGCUGGCUUCCACGGACAAUACGCUUACUCCUGGGGUGGCUACACGGACAUUGACCUGGCAGUAGACGAAAACGGGCUCUGGGCCAUCUACAGCACCAACAAAGCCAAGGGCGCUAUUGUGAUCUCCCAGCUGGACCCUCAGACUCUGGAGGUGAAAGGGACGUGGGAGACUAAGAUUCGCAAGACAACGGUCGCUAAUGCUUUUAUGAUCUGUGGCAAGCUGUACACGAUCGCUAGUUACACCACACCAAACACUACCAUAAAUUACAUGUACGACACCGCUACCAGCCAGGGUAAAGCGAUUUCGGUUCCCUUCAAAAACCGCUAUCGCUACAACAGCAUGGUGGACUACAACUCGGUCCACAGGAAGCUGUAUGCUUGGGAUAACUAUUACAUCGUAUCUUAUAAUGUGAGGCUAGGCAAGCAGGAGUAAAGCGCAGAGAUCAGUUUACAUUUUCUAUAUUGCCAUGCUUCUAGAAGCGUUUUGUGAUGUUUUACCAGGAAAAUAGCUAAUGUCGGAUUAACUGAUAUUCACGGAUAAAAAUAAGACAGUUUCACUAUUAAAAAACCAUAUUAGGCAGGUUCAUACAGAAAUUAUGAUGUUGUUGGUAACAUUUUCCUGAUAACAUUUAAGCACAAAACACCUGUUUAUGACCUUUCUUGGUAAUGUAGAAAAAACACACAGACACAGUACUGAGUGACUGCUUAUAUUUACGUUAUUAAAUGAAUUUAUAUUUUUGUAUAUUUGUCUGUAAUGCUCGUAGUGAUAAAAAUGCCUUAAAGGUCACCUAAUAUAGAAAAAUUCAUUUUUAUUUGUUGUUUGAACAAAAUUGGGGAUCGCCUGUGUGUGUACACAACCAAUCUGCCCACUCCAUUUUUUAAAUGACCAUAAAAUCUCAACAGUCUCAUGGGACAUGCAUUUAUUAAAGCAACACUAAAGAGUUUUUGCUCUUUGCUCCCCCUACAGGUUGGAAGCGGAAUUGUCCAUUACCACUGUCGUAAAUAAUUUAGCCUACUGCAGCAAACUGGCUCUGAUUGGAUUGUAGGUCUGCCAUAAAGCAAGUUUUUGUAGUUUUCACUCCAACUACAGGACCGCGACCCGAUGGUUGGAAACUUCUUUAGUGCGGUUUUGGCCAAUAGAGGGCUGCAAAGCUAAUGUGAAAGUGCCGUUCACCCUGUUUCGAGUGAAUGAACGACUGAAACUUUUUUGGAAACGUUAUUUUAAGGUAAAAAAAAACUUUUUGGUGUUGCUUUAAACAAACUGAUGUCACUUUGCGCAAGCCCCACCCACAACUGUCCAUUAAAGACCACAGCUAGGUCAUCAUUUGUAUUUUAAAUCACCUUUACAUAAUUUAUUCCACCAUGUUCAUUAUGAACAAUGAAGUAAAGUGAUUGUCUUAUUAAAAACGGCGUAUGUUUAGGAUAUAAAAAACAAUAGAGGGUAUUCAUUGACGUCACUUUUCCAUGUGACCACGCUGGAGCUCUCCCUGUUGAGUGGCAAACAUUCAACAAAAUUGCUGCAGAACGUCAGUAAAACUGACUAUUAUCAGCUUAAAUUUAAUUUAGUUAGCCUUAACAGUGAUCCUAACAACUUACCAAACAACCAGUAGUCUGUGGACAUUGGCCAGACGUUUGUCUUGCCUAACACUAUUAAACCAUCUCACCUUUGAAUAACACAAGGCUCACAGAAUAAGAACACAGAAUAAGACUAUUCAUUGGUGUAUUUUUCAUAGGACCCCCCCCCCCGCCAAAAAAAAAAAAACUUUACAUACCUGACAUACGGGUACUGCUACUGAUUUACUUCUCAUUUGAGUGGCAAAACAUUCAACAAAAUGGCUGACUGUUCUAGCGGCGGCCUCGAAAAUGUCAGUAUAAUUGACAAAAAUUAAAUUUAGUUGCACUUGAUAGUGACCCUAGCAACUUGUCAACCCACCUCUGGUCAGUGAACGUUGUUGGCAUGGACGAUCCAUUUACUUCUCCUUUCGGUGUUUCUUGGCAGUCUGUAAAACGAUAGCUCAGAAUUCUUGUUAAACUGUUAGAACAGUCUAUCGCACAACGGCAUUUUCCAAUUUAGACGCGUUUUGCCCGUUUUUUCCUGAUUUUACACUGUAUACAAAUUCUGCCGCUGUCUUUUGCCACUUAGUGGGCGUAACCGCAGCCACUUUCGCCGAGGGUGACGUCAUGUGCAUAUAAACGGGGCAGAAAGCAGCAACUAAUUUGCAUUUAAAGCGACACAUUCAGGGGAAACCUGACUUACAUUUUGAAAAAUUACCAUAUCAGGUGACGUUUAAGGUUUAAUUCCUUUGACCAACAAAUUCCAAAAUGGAUAAACUAUCUAGUCAUGUAUCAUGAUGACCAGUUUAUGAUGAAAUGAGGUCACAUUUUCUUUCUCAGUGGAUGUGUCCGUUUAAUGUUUUAAGAGAGAAACUAUUUUUCUACCUUUGUAAUGUCUCGUAUGUUUGUGUUCACAGCACUGAAUAUAGAUUCAAAGAAAAUAAAAGAGGGAAAAUAUAAUGGCACAAAAGACUGCCUUAACUGAUAGAUUGUACAAAGAGGAAGACGAUUUGUGUGUUAACUUUUAUAUUUUUUCUUGUGUAAAUGCUCAAAUCCUAAACUCUUUACACAAAGUUAAUGUUCACUGUUGUCUUUUGAAUUUGCAUUUUCAAACAUAGUCAUGUGCUGCUUUGAGAUGCUAAGAGCUGGGAUCUUGUAGCUACAGAAGUGUAUUAACUUAUAUGCAGAUAUAUAAGAUAAAUAAAGAAAAUUGAAGUCAA